AUGACUAACACUAGUGGUAAAGGUAUGGGCAAAAACAAGUCAACUGAAGUUACUGAAGUUGUAAACGGUGGUGGGAAAGGUAUGGGUAAGAAUGUACCGGCCGCAAAGAAUUUUACCAGAUCUUCAAGGGCUGGUCUUCAAUUUCCAGUUGGACGUAUUCAUCGUCAUCUUCGAAAUGGAAAUUACGUGCAUCGCGUCGGUUCUGGAGCACCUGUUUACCUUGCUGCAGUUCUUGAAUAUUUGACAGCGGAAAUACUAGAGCUUGCUGGUAACGCCGCACAUGAUAACAAGAAAUCUAGGAUCACUCCUCGCCAUAUUCAAUUAGCUAUACGUAACGACGAAGAAUUGAAUAAAUUGCUUGGAAAAGUUACAAUUGCUCAAGGUGGUGUCUUGCCCAACAUUCAUCAAAAUUUAUUACCAAAGAGAUCCAAGAAAGCUGAAAAGGCUCCACGACCAGAAGGUGAUGACGAAGAAGAAGCAUCAUAA